AAGUCCAACAACAACACUGAGACAGACAGACAGACAGACAGACAGAACAGACAGAACAGAUUCUGGAUCAGCAGCCAGCAGCUAGUCUCCUAACUAGUCUCCUUCGGUCCAUCCCCUUUCCUCUACUUGUUUGUUUCUCAUCGCUUUCCACUCCUGCUCCUAAUCAUCCUUUGGCUUGGGUUGUCUGGCCUGAACAAAGUCUCUGUAUUCACUUCCAUUCGGUUUCUCGAAACACAAUCAACUGUGAAUAAUGGCUACUUCAACUGAGACUGCUUCGCCAAUUGGCAUUGCCAAUCUCCCCAACCAGCGUCAUAAAAUUGUCGCAAAACGAGGAGCGGCUUUCACAAUUAUGGUUGCUGGUGAGUCGGGUUUAGGAAAGACUACAUUCAUCAAUACACUUUUCUCGACUACGAUCAAGAACUACGCCGACCACAAGAAGCGGCACGCCAAACAAAUCGAUAAGACCGUUGAGAUUGAGAUCACCAAGGCAGAAUUGGAGGAGAAGUUUUUCAAAGUCCGUCUCACUGUUAUUGACACUCCUGGUUUUGGUGACUAUGUCAACAACCGCGAUUCAUGGCAACCCAUUAUCGAAUUCCUGGAUGACCAACACGAGUCAUAUAUGUUGCAAGAGCAACAACCCCGCCGAACAGACAAGAUCGAUCUCCGCGUUCAUGCCUGCCUCUACUUUAUUCGUCCUACCGGCCACACCUUGAAACCCCUCGACAUUGAAGUCAUGAAGCGCUUGAGCUCCCGUGUGAACUUGAUUCCUGUCAUUGCCAAGGCCGACACCCUCAGCGCAUCCGAUUUGGCUCGUUUCAAGCAGCGGGUUCGUGCUGUUGUUGCAUCUCAAGGUAUCCAGAUCUAUCAACCGCCCGUCGAGGAGGACGAUGAACACGCUGCCGCCCACGCCCGUAGCUUGUCUGCUGCCAUGCCGUUUGCCGUCAUUGGCUCUGAGAAAGACGUCAAGAACAACGAGGGUAAAGUCGUGAAGGGUCGUCAGUACGCCUGGGGUGUCGCCGAAGUCGAGAACGAGGACCACUGCGACUUCAAGAAACUUCGAUCCAUUCUUAUCCGAACUCACAUGCUUGACCUCAUCCACACCACCGAGGAAUCUCACUAUGAAGCGUACCGUGCCCAGCAGAUGGAGACAAGGAAGUUCGGAGAGGCUCGACCUCGCAAAUUGGAUAACCCCAAGUUCAAGGAGGAGGAAGAGAACCUUCGCAAGCGUUUCACCGAGCAAGUCAAGGUCGAAGAACAGCGGUUCAGACAAUGGGAGCAAAAGCUUAUCUCCGAGCGCGACCGCCUCAACAAGGAUUUGGAGGCGACCCAUGCAGCUAUCAAGCAACUCGAACAAGAAUUGGAACAGAUGCAAGGUUCCGCUCGAAGCGGUCGUCGUUAGAGGUCUGGGGAGUGAUACCAAAAUUCGAGAAUAUGUCUGGGCCGUUGGUGACGGCUUACUAAGAAUUAUGCGGACUGCAUGCCUUUCAUUUCGUAUUUGAGACUACCCCUACUAUUUCUUUGGUUUUAUCCCGAGUGAGCGAACAAAAAGUACUCGUUAUCCUGGGCCAGACAAAUCCCGGACCUGGGUGAGUCGGUGAUUCUUUUUGCCUCAUAAUGUCGUUGAGUAAUGGUUUCUUGCGUCCUAUAUAAUAUCCUUUCCUUUAAGUGAUAGCUUGCCAAUACAAGUUAUUUAAUAUUUUUCAUG